CGCGCGGAGGGGCGGUUUGCAAAAAACCAAACAACCCUCCCUCCGUCUGCGGUGGAGCACAAAAUGGCGGGGGCGCGGCGGCAGCAGCAGCGGUGUCUGGGGCCCUUCCUCAUCCUCCUCUCCUCUCUGGGGGGCCAGCCGACUUGGGGGGCGGAGGAGGCGGAGCCAGCCGUCCCUUACCCUCUUUCCGAGGCUUUCGAGCCUGCGCUGGGGAACACGGCUUCGUGCCAGCGGACCUGCCAGAACACCUACCCGCUCCAUACCUACCCCAAGGAAGAAGAACUGUAUGCCUGUCAAAGAGGUUGCAGGCUGUUCUCUAUUUGCCAAUUUGCAGAUGAUGGAACUGACUUGAAUCAAACCAAGUUGGAAUGUGAUUCUGCUUGUUCUGAAGCAUAUACCUCUCAGUCUGAUGAACAAUAUGCUUGCCAUCUUGGAUGCCAGAGUCAGUUACCAUAUGCUGAACUGAGGAGAGAUCAACUCAUGUCUUUAAUGCCAAGGAUGCAUCUUCUCUUUCCUCUUACGCUUGUGAGAUCGUUCUGGAGUGAUAUGAUGGAAACCGCCCACAGCUUCAUUACCUCCUCAUGGACUUUCUACCUUCAAGCUGAUGAUGGCAAAAUACUGAUAUUUCAGUCAAAACCAGAAGUUCAGUAUAUUCAAAGCGCUGGUCAGGAAAACCUGGAUAUAAAAGAAUCAUCGCUUAGCAAAGCAUCUUUAGAUCUGCAGCCAGGAGGUCCACAGACUCACAAAGGAUUCUUUGAUGAAGAUGAAAGUGAUGGAUUCUUCAAAUGUAUUUCAGUAAAUUCUGGCUGGAUAUUAACAACCACACUUCUCCUCUCUGUACUGGUGCUGCUCUGGAUUUGUUGUGCCACUGUUACUACUGCUGUGGAACAGUAUGUUCCAUCUGAGAAGCUGAGUAUCUAUGGAGACUUAGACUAUAUGAAUGAACAAAAACUGAACCGAUAUCCUACUUCUGCACUCAUGGUGGUUAAAUGCAAGACUGAUGAACAAGAAGCAGGACCUCUACCUACAAAAGUUAACUUGGCUCAGUCAUCAAUAUAGAUUUUAAAAACGAAUUCAUCUGAUUCUUUGACAUUUGUUAACUCUGGCAAUUUUUUCCAGUGAAGGGGCCUGAGGGGACAUGUGGUUUCAGUGUUUAGAUUCAAAUAAAGUUGAUGAAUCAGUAAAGGUUGUACUGUCGUGGAAUUCAGUCUUUUCCACUAGAGUUGGUCAGGUGAGGUUUAUAGUACAUUUACACUUGUCUGCAUCUUUUUUGCUUACCAUAAAAUCAUAAAUAUUGUCUUUAUUGAGGUUGCGGCAUUUUCAUAUUAUGAACCUCUUAUCAGAAUGUACAUUUGAAAUAUGUUUCAAAAACUGUAGGGAUCUUUUGGUGGUAGAAGAUGUCUUUAAGUUGUUUUCAGCUAUGGAUAAAUUAAACUUAACAUGCAGAACUUUUUGGAAGUAUCUUUAGUACUUCGGAUGGCUCUUUUCCAGAAAUAAGAAUAUAUUUCUGUUCUAACUUCAUGCCAGUUUCUGCCACUGAAGUACUGUUAGUCAGCAAUAAAACUUUAAUAACAUUUCUAUAUAUUAGGGCACCUCUUCUGUAUUGUGUUCAGAAACAGCUAUUUAAAUUUAGAUUGUAUGGUUUGCCUUAAGCUUCCUCUGUUUUGCAUCUGCUAUUUUUGUCAUCGUCGUGUGGUGCUUCCAUUUUCAGAGAACUGGUUCCUAAAGAAGCAAUGUGAUUAACAAAUAAAAUAUAGUCUAAAACACAA